UUCCUAGCUGGGCCCACUGUGUGUACAGCUGCUUUUGUUAGCUGCCCCCCAAGCACUUGUGCAAACUGGUUGUGUGUUCUAGGGGUUAAUACUGUCACCACUUUGGUGGAGAACAAGAAGGCUCAGCUGGUGGUGAUAGCACAUGACGUGGAUCCUAUCGAGCUGGUUGUCUUCCUGCCUGCCCUGUGCCGCAAGAUGGGGGUUCCCUACUGCAUUAUCAAGGGGAAGGCCAGGCUGGGGCGUCUAGUCCACAGGAAGACCUGCACCACCGUCGCCUUUACACAGGUUAACUCGGAAGACAAAGGAGCGUUGGCUAAGCUGGUGGAAGCUAUCCGGACCAAUUAUAACGACAGAUACGAUGAGAUCCGCCGCCACUGGGGCGGCAACGUCCUGGGCCCCAAGUCCGUGGCUCGCAUCGCCAAGCUGGAGAAGGCCAAGGCUAAAGAACUGGCCACCAAGCUGGGCUGAGUGUCCACUGUCGGCGUUUUCUGUACAUAAAAGUAAUAAAAAGUCUCCUUCAGCCAGUGUCGAUGGGGCAUUGGGGGUUGGAGGGGAUUUGCCUUGUUG